AUGUUCCGCCCACGCACUCUCCGGGCCCUGCCCAGGGGUCUGCCGCACCCGCAGCCACCCGUCCGAACUAGUCGCCGCACCCUCUUCUCUCGCCAGCGCAGCUCGCCCUCCCGCCCCGUCGAGCGCUUCAACCUCGGCCAGCUCAGCGAAGCCCGCUCCAGCUACGACCGAGACCGCACAUACUUCCUCGCCGCCGGUGCCCUCGCCGGCAUCGUCUCGUUUGCGUACACGGCCAACAAGCUCCGCAAGGCCCUCGCCGCCGAGAAGAAACGCAACGCCGCGGAGGACAGCGGUAGCAGCGACAAUGGCAGCGGCAGCAACACCAGCGAGCGCGCCGGCUUCCAACUCGAUUCUUCUGUGCCGGCAGAGACCUUCACCACCGAGGCCGGCACCAAGCGCAAGGUCGUCAUCCACGACGAAGACGGCAGAGAGCUCGUGCCGACGGGCAACAAGACGGUGCCCAGCUUCCCGCGGACCAUCGACCUCUCCCUAAGCAAAACCCACCGCGACCCGGAAGCGCCCAUCGCCGCGACGGUGCAGGACACGGACGGCGUAGAAUACACCCUCGUCGGCCUCGGCAUCCGCACCGUCAGCUUCCUCAGCAUCCAGGUAUACAUGGUCGGCUACUACGUCGCCACCCAGGACGUCGCCAAGCUGCAGCACUACCUUACCAAGAAGAUUAACCCCAUCGCGACGACGCUCGUCCCCUCGGAGCGCGACAGCCUCAAGCAAAAGCUGUUCGACCCCGUCGAGGGCGAGGAGACGUGGACGGCGCUGUUGCAGGAGGUCGGCACCCGCAGCGCAUUCCGCAUCGUCCCCGUGCGCGAUACCGAUUUCCCUCACCUCCGUGACGGGUUCGUGCGGGCCAUCACGGCGCGGUCGUCUGCGGAUAAGGAGGCGUACGGAGAUGAAGCGUUUGGCGAAGCGAUGAAGGAAUUUAAGAGGCUGUUUAACCGUGGCAAGGUGCAGAAGAACAAGGAGCUGUUGCUCUGCCGUGAUGAGAAGGGCCAGCUUGAGGUCGUUUUUGAUGAUGGGCGGAGCAUGGGCAGGCAGAGCGUCGGCAGGGUGCAGGAUGAGCGCGUGUCGAGGCUGCUAUGGCUCAACUGGCUUGCGGGCAGCAAGGUCGCUUCGCCGCCGGCGAGGGAGAGCAUUAUCGAUGGCGUCAUGGAGUUUGUCGAGAGGCCUGUCGGUACUGUUGCCGCGCAGGUUGUGUAA